AUGAACGGCAUAGCACUACCAUCUUUUGACAGCGUUAAAUGUAGUCUUUAUACUGCACGUAAAACGAAACUCAAAGUUGAGAAAACUAUCUAUAAAGAAGUGGCUGAAGUGGAGAUACCCGCCACUUUUGAAGACUUUUUGCUAGCAGAUUAUCAAAAUGGCGAUAGUAGGAUAAUCAUAUUUGCGACAAAUGAUGCCAAAUCAAAAAUGAAAACUAUAGGCGAGUAUUUUUGCGAUGCUACUUUUAAGAGUGUCCCCCCACCUCCUUUCGCUCAAUUAUUUUCAAUCCACGAUUUUGAGAUUAGCGUCACCAAUGCUAUAAAAAGUAUUUCCUCUGAUGUAGUUAUAAAAAAAUGCUACUUUCAUUUCUGCAACAGUUUGUGGCGCAAAGCAAAAUCGAUUGGUAAGGAUAAAGUUGUAACUUAA